UAUUUUCCCAGGCCGGCUGUGCCGGCUUCUUUCCUCAAUACCACCAACCACCACGAUUACACUACAAGUUAUGGACCUCGACGCAGAUCUUUACGGCGAUCUUUAUGAAACAGACAUUGCAGGUUCCGUUGCCGAUGAAAAACUGCUCGAGUCACCAACGCAAAUUUCAAAGGCUGAAGUCCCUGUCUCAGAACCGGUCGAAAAAUCCUCUGUAGCGCCUGCUUCUUCAGACGACUCGACCGCCACAUCUAGCGCCUCUGCCUCUCAGCCUUCUGCUCCUGCUACUCUUGCGCAGCCUGUACAACAAAUUCCGACGUACGAAGACCCGACAAUUUAUCGGGAUACCUCUUCGGGGAUGCAGGCAAGCUACGAACAAAAUUUUUCAGCUUUGGAACAUCGCAGUGUCCGCCCCUCAGAAAUGAAAGACGAUGGCAAAAUGUUCAUCGGAGGUCUGAACUGGGAUACAACAGACGAGGGUCUUCGCGCAUAUUUUUCUCAGUUCGGAAAAGUUGAUGCAUGUACUAUAAUGCGUGAUCCCGCAGGGCGUUCGCGGUGCUUUGCAUUCCUGACCUUCGAGGAACCGGCUAGCGUCAACGCCGUGAUGGUCAAGGAGCAUAUCUUAGAUGGAAAGAUUAUCGAUCCAAAGAGGGCAAUACCUCGACAAGAGCAUCAACGAGCGACAAAACUCUUCAUUGGCGGACUUGCAGGAACAGUCACCUCUGAAUCAAUGAGAGAAUUCUUUUCACAGUUUGGAAGGGUUGUCGACUCGACAGUCAUGCUGGAUAGGGAGACUGGACGAAGCAAGGGGUUUGGAUUCAUUUCACUUGAGGAUGCGAACGUGCAACAAUUUCUAGGCUUUGGGCACCUCGAAAUUGAUGGUAAACUAAUUGACGUCAAGCUUGCCCAACCUCGGUAUCAGCGUGAAUCGUUCCAGGAGGAUGAGCAAAGCGGUGGUGGUGACUACAACAAUAACAUGCGUGGGGCAGGGAACAGAGGGCCGAACAACUAUUCUGCUGGUGGUGUUAGCGGCAACGGUACGACUUUCAACAAUGGUGUUGGCGGUGCAGUUCCCGCUAGCAGUGUACCAUUUGACCCUCAAGCAUUGGCUGCACUUUAUACGCGUAUGUUCCAAAUGGCAAAUGGAGGAGCAGUGAACUCAAUGAUGGGCGGUGGUAUGGGCGGAGGAAUGGGCGGAGGAAUGAACCCAAUGAUGAAUAUGGGUGCAAACAUGGGAAUGGGUGGCGUUGGUGGAGGUAGGGGGGGUGGGGUGCAGGGAGGUGGACUCCCUAGAGGUCCACGGGGUGGACCCGGAGGUAUGGGUGCUACAGGUGUUGGUCCAAGCCGGCAGCCGAGAGGUCAGCAUAAUUACCACCCUUACGGGCGAUAGCCUUGACCCUUCCUCUACGUUAUACUGAACAUCAUGUAACUUACUUUUAUUUGUUUCCUCCCUAUACUUACUUUCGAGUAUAAAAAACGCA